AAUAAAUUAAUCCCGUGCCUGCGGCCUUUCUCUACCAAAGCGAUCGUCGCGGACAUUUUAUCAACAAAAGCAACAACCAGCAGCAGUCAUCAGCGAACGCUAUACAGCCACGCAGCAGAUAUUGCAGUGUGACUAAUGCUGACAGUGACAGAGUCUGGAGACGUCGUAUCUUGCUCUUAUUUUUUGUCUCGGUGCUACUAUACCAGCACAUAAAGAGUUGUUGUGGCCUGCUGUCUCGAUCUAACAAAGUCGGUCUACACCAACUGCAUUUUUGUGGAAACAGCUGCAUAACGACCACCAUUGUAUCAAUCCAUUUCCUCACUGAUGUCUAAUGAUCGCCGCAAUGGAAUUGCGACUCGUCGGUACUUGGCUUUUGGCAACAACCUUUGUCGACAGCUAGACUACCGUGGAUCUCUUGUCCUCAAGGAACCAAAAGACAUCACGGACUGUUUACAAGGCUGGCAAGAGGUUGUCUGGCACUCCUACGCAUGCACCAUAGCUCAGAAUUCGGCCUGGGAAUGGUAUGGAUGGGGACUGGACCCAUUGGUAUCCAGAGAUGAACCUAAAAAGCUAGAGUUCGAUGGAAAACAAUACACUCGAAUCAUUGGGUAUGCCAGGCCUCUUGCUUUUCUGCAAGUAGACGGCCACGUUAUCAAUCAAAAGGGACAAAAAUCGGUCAAGGUUUGGAAUGAUGUCGUGGUUACGGAAUUAGGCGCUACAUAUGGGUAUAGAUGGCAAGAUGGUGUUUAUUAUUUUGAGUCUCUGCAAAACUUGCUGGACCAUGAGAACCCUUUUGGCCCCCUCGAACAUUCUCUUCUCCAUCAGAAAACUCCUCUCAAACUCUUUGCUGCCGAAUCACAAGUGUACAUCCUUGCUCAAGGGGCAAUGUCACACCUAUUCGAGGUGAUAGAUGCCCGCGCUCUUCCCCCUGGCCUUCGCCAGACUUGCAAAGAUCCAGUCACGGUCAAGCUCGUAGAAGAUCUUGAAGGAUUGGGAGUGACGAAGCUCGUGACCGGAUCGGCCAACCGUUUUCUAGCUCUGACUGAAGGAGGUGAUGCGUAUCUUUUAGCUUACAACUCUGAUCCAGAGAUGAUCAAAGUCCCCAACGAAGAAGAAGUGCGAUUGGCUGGGGUAGGCCCAGAUUUUGUGAUAGUCGUCACAGAGAACAAUAUAUACGUUCAAGGAUCAAAUUCGUUCGGACAGCUGGGAUUGCUUGGAGAUAAUCAGCCAGAGUUCAUAAAGCUAGAUAUAGGGGAAUUUAAGGCUGAACAGAUUGAAAAAAUCUAUACAUCACGAUGGUCUACAAUAUUAUGCGUCAGAGGAUGAAUAUUAAGCGAGGUAUAUCCCUCUUCCUUUCUUUACACCAUCCACAAUUGCCUCACAACUCUUGUCAAAGGCCUCGGUCAUCCCUUCCUCCC